GGGGGUCCGGCCCGGCCCCUCGCGGCUCCCCCGGGGGUUCGGCCGCGGGAAGGGGGAACGGUGUCAGCGGAUCUCAACGUGGCACGGCGUCGGGCGGCGCUGGGGUGAAAAGAACGGCGGGUUCUGCGUGUCCAUCGGAGGGCGAGUGCUGCCCGGCGGCGGGGAACGCCGCUGCAGGAGCUCGCCGUUGGAAAGUGCUUAAGCGGGGACGAUACGGGCUCUCGGAAAUAGGUUUUCCCGCAUAUCGUCACCGAGCGUAGCACCACGUUGCAGCGAGGUCGGUGAAGUUCAACCACGCAGCGUCCAGGGAAGCGCCGCGGUUAAAUAUGGAAUUAGAAAUAACGACCGUAGUUCGGCUCCCUUUUCUGGACGUCGCUUUGUAAAGCCGAAAAGGGAGCGGGAUAUUUGCUUUGGAGCGGAGUCAGCGGCGGCCCGGGGACGCCAGGCGCGGGUACUGAGGCGGGCGCCCGAGGGCUGCGUGGGGCGCGCAGCGGAGCCGGGCCGCCUCGUGCUCGUGCCGCUGCCCGGCAGACGCGGUCAGGUACCUGCAUUGUCCGCUCGCUGCGUUCGCUUCCCGGCCCCUGAAAGAGCAGGAAGUGGAGCUGAGCUCUGAGGGCUGUAUUGUUACUAGAAGCUCCGUUUGGGUGGCGGGAGGAGAGCUUUGAAGACUUUAUUUAAGCUAAUAAUAUCCGUGAAUGCUCGUUACCUGCAUCCAAGACAAAGGAUUACAGGGCUCCACGGUAAUGACUUUUUCCACUGAGUGCUUUUAAGACGCGUGUUCUUGGUAAUUGCAUGAGGAACUCUGUGUGAGAGGAGCUCCAUCUGGAUCUGAUAAUCCUGCCUGACCCUGGAGAGUUACUUCGGACCAACCUUCGUAUUUUUAAGAACUUUUUGUCUAAUAUAAAAAUACAAAAACCUGAGUAUGCUGACAUGAGUGACCGCUUCUGUUUUUGUCCAAGCAAACAAAUGCCUUUUUUUUUUUUUUUUUUUUUUUUCCUUCCCAGAAUGCGCUGUGCAGACUGGGAGGGAGACUGGUGUCAAGGGCAGGGAGAAAAGAUACUAAAUGUGUUGCUUCCUUCCACGAGGAACCGGACAGAACUUCCUCAAAGUAGCAGAGCCCUGAGGGAGCCCUGAGGUGCUCUGGGGAUGUGACCUGUGCAACCAGUGCCUGCAUUGCCAACAGCAAAAGCCUUCAGACAAAUAACCAUGUAAAUGUGAGCGAGAUCAGACAAAGGUCCUGAGAUGUUGGAGAUAGGAGUUGCGCAAUACAGGUGCUGCUUACAGUCCCAGAUACUCGCCAUGAAGAGGAGCUGGUAGAUCAGCAUGGAGCCGACAGCUGCUGGAGCUGCUGCUGUGACCCACCAUGUAGUUUGCUGUGAGACAGUCUCACCGUGGAUAGCAUUAGGUGUCUCACCCAUAGGGUACAAGCAACCAAAGCAUGUCAGGGUCAGGGAAGAUGGCACUGAAACCACAGCUUUGAAGGAAAACACACCUUGAAGUUGCCGUAAUGGGCAUCUGGACCAGAUGUACCCUUGCUCUGCUUCCAUCUUGAAGAAUUCAUUUGUCGAGCUGUGACAAUAACAGUAUUACCUCCACAGGUCACGAGAACCCCAGAUUGCAAGAAGCAUUUGUCCACACAGUUUUGGACAGGACAUCACAGGCAUCAGAAGAGGUGAAUAAAGAAGAUGCUAAUGUUUGAUCCAGUCCCUAUCAAGCAAGAAGCCAUGGACCCCAUUUCAGUGUCAUACCCAUCCAAUUACAUGGACCAAAUGAAGCCAAACAAAUACAGCGUCAUUUAUUCUGCACCAAGCAUGUUGCACAAUAAAUUCUACUCAAACCCUGACAGACUGUCGAAUGGAAUCCAGAUGGAGCCAGUAGACCUUACGGUGAACAAGCGAAGCUCACCGCCUUCGGCUGGCAGUUCUCCUUCACCUUUAAAAUUUCAGACUGUGCAUAGGAGAACUUCCCCUGGAUUGACUCUGUCCUCACCCAGCUCUCCCAUCAGUAAAUUCACACCGUCACCCCCAGGAGUACAGCCGUUAUCCAUGCCUAUAACAAUCCCUCCUGUAAUGGCUGCUGCUCUUUCCCGCCACGGACUGAGAAGCCCUGGGAUACUCCCAGUCAUUCAGCCUGUUGUUGUCCAGCCAGUUCCUUUCAUGUAUGCUCCCCAUCUCCAGCAGCCCAUCAUGGUAUCUACAGUCCUUACAGAUGAAAUGGAAAGUCCAAGCAGCAUGCAAGUGCCUGUUAUUGAGUCCUUCGAGAAGCCUGCUCUGAAGAAAGCAAUUAAAGUAGAACCGGGAAGCGAACCAGCAAAGACUGACUUCUAUCCUGAACGAAUGUCACCUCCAAUGACCUCAUUGUCUCCCCAGGAAGUAAUGCUGCAAGAGAAUCACCCUUCGGUUAUAGUUCAGCCAGGGAAGAGACCUUUGCCAGUGGAGUCGCCAGACACGCAAAGAAAACGCAGAAUACAUCGGUGCGAUUAUGAAGGCUGCAACAAGGUCUACACUAAAAGCUCCCAUCUGAAGGCUCACAGAAGAACCCAUACAGGUGAAAAACCAUACAAAUGCACUUGGGAGGGAUGCACGUGGAAGUUUGCUCGUUCUGAUGAACUAACGCGGCAUUUCCGCAAGCAUACGGGAAUCAAACCUUUUCAGUGCCCAGACUGUGACCGUAGCUUUUCACGCUCGGACCAUCUUACUCUUCACAGAAAACGUCACAUGCUAGUCUGAGUGUCUUCUGCCCCCGACUCCUGUCAACAUUUUUUUUUUUACACAUGCAUUUUAAUUCGAGUUCAGCUGGUCUGAAUCUCUGUAGUUUAUACCAUUAAAAGCUUACGUAUGGUCAGUACUAGAUGUUAUCUAAACCUAUGUCCUUGCCACGGGUCAGACCUAAAGAAUGUGAACAAUUGUUUUGUUCUGUUUUGUUUUUCUUUCUCCUGGGGAUGCUAAGCAAACCCUUUCUUCAGAGAGUGUGUUUAAUGUAUUCCAUUGUGAAUAAGGGAAUUUGUAAACAAACAGCUUUUGUUGGUUUCUUCAUAUAGUCAACCCCCACUGUAUACUGAUAAACUAGUAGAUGUUAUUGAAUAUCCAAAAUGCUCAUCCUUGGCAGAGACAUUGUUUAUGUGCCCUGUGCAAGGCAUACUCUCAUUUUAUGCUCAGCAAUGCAAUGAAUGGACUUCCUCAACCUUGCUGAUUUCUGCAGUAUAAUUAAUACAACAGUUUUAGAAAGACACCUGAUUUAGAAAUCCCCUCUGCCCAAACAGUGGGUAACACUGUAGAAGUAAAUCUAAGCAAUAUACUUUACAGAAAGAUUGAGUCACAGUAUCACCUCUGUCGAGAAGAAAAAUUAGGAGAAACUGGUCUGUACAUAACACUGUGCAUCUAAACCAAUGCCAUCUGUCCUUUGUAUUAUAGCAUAGUAUUCAACCAUGUUUUUAUUGCAUACUGCCCUGGUGGAUUUGUUAAAUGAAGAUCUUGUGUGACACUGUAUGUCUGUUUUCUGUGCAACUGAGUGGAUGGAACAUACAUGGUACUCUCCUAUAACAUGGCAUUAAAAGAUAUUCAUAGAAACCUUCCACACCUCAUUCCAGGCUUAUAGACUGUCCCUCUGUAACCAUUCCCUUAUGUUUCCUCUAAAUAAUUUUUUUCUCCUUACUGUACCUCAGAAAAUAGAAAUCAUCAUGUCAGAAACGCUCCAAUGUAUUGUUGCAAGUGCCACUUUAAUACACUACAAAAUACUACGUAUUUUGAAAUAUUAAUAUUUUAAUCACAAAAUGGCAUCAAAUAUGAAGCACUUCUGUGAUAAACUGAGUCACGUAUCUGGUUAAAAGUAUGUGCCAGAUCAUCCAUUUGACAGCUCUGAUCUGUGGCUCUGGUAUUCUCGCAGUGCUCAGUAGAUGGAGCUUCCCUUGUGGAUGCAUCUAUCGCAUUAAAACGUGUCACCAACUCCCAUGUCAGUAGUAAACACAACUUAAUUGCUCAAAUACAAGCAAGCUGAAUUCAGACAACCAGCUGCUCUUAGCAAUGUUCCAGUACUUGGAACUUCUCCACAGGAGGGAGGGUUUCUCUCUAUUAGCUGUCAGGUUCUGUGGUACUAAAAAGAAACAGGAUCUGUUUGUCUAGACUUGAGCAACUGUUGAGUGUUUGUUCUUCACCCUGUGUGAGGUGAACAUAAUUGUGUGCCAUAUAAACUUGGUAAAAAUCAGAUCUUCCUUUGUCUUGGAAAGCCCCACUGGAAAACAGGGCCGUGGGGAGGAGGUUUGCAGAGUCCUCCAGGAGGAGUCAGGUUGGAGGUCCAUCCUCAGGUGGGUACCUCAGGACCUGUGGAGAGCAACGCUGGGCUGUGGGGAGUCCAAGAGCAGCAGGCUGAAAUCAUCUGCAGGUGCACAGCUGGAACGUGAGGAGCCUUCCACAUUUGCUUCCUUGAUGGUGGGGUUUCCAGCUCACCUUGGGUACCCAUGAGUGGAGAGAGAGGAGAUCUGUUCUUAGAGAAAAAUGUUCAUAGUGAUUGCUGUAAAAUGCAAACUAUUGCUCAAAUUGUGUAGCAAAUCUUACAUAUGUGAAUAUGAAACUGUCAAGUUUAUUUAAGGAACAUCUGUGCUCUGCAAAGGGCAGAAUGGGGAUUACAUAGCUAAGGCCGUUCUGCACCUUUUAUAGAGAAAAUCUUUAGGCUCUUUAUGUUGCCAUGCAUCCUCAGGACCUGGGGCUCAACUGAUCCAUUCAGAACCGAAAAACUUCAAAAACCAAUUGGUCCCUUUCUGUCUGACUACUCGGUUACUAACACUGAUGAACAUGCAGGAAAGAGAUUGCUGUUAAUGAGCAACUGGUUUAAAAUUGUGCUUUAUCAUUGGAUUUUUAUCUUUUAUUUUUGGAGUGAGCAAUGUCACAGGGAGUCAGACUUAGCUUCACUUGCAAGACUCCAGGUAGUGAUGGUGGUUCAUUGACAUUGAGCUGUCACUGGCAGAGGGCAAUGUGGAACUGCUAUAGCAUCAAAUACAAGCAUACAGCUAUGUGGUGUCCUGGGAUAAAAACAAUUCUCAGCCUGUUCAAGGGCGCAGAAAGAGGUGAGAUCCUAUUGACCCACAAGUGGGUCAAGGACAACGGAUCCCAUGUUUAGCUUAACAGAUUGAAAUGCCUGGGAUUUAGGAUGAUAAAGCAGCAUUUCUUUCCAAUACUCUUCUUUCAAGGUUUCCACAUUUAUUUUUUAAUAGAAAUCUAAAAUACCAUAGAGGCGUCCUUUAAUUUGCCUAUGUACCUUUUUCUUGAAAAUAUUUAUGGUAAUGGUGCAGAUGAAGACAGCAGAGAUGCAAUAGAACUUUUAAGUGUCUUUAGCUAUGUGCCUUGUGAUUUAGGACACCAGAAAUUUAAAUAUUAAAUAUAAAUAUUUCAGACUGUUUCAGGUAAAUGCUUUGUAGGAUUUCUCACUUGGUCUGUGGGUGUCUCUGUGGAAUGUCAAAGAAGCCACCUGUACACAGGCUUUCAUCUUUCAGCUGAAAACGCGCGUUUACAUCUUCUGUGGCUCGUUGACUCAUUCAGCAAAUUUUGGUUUGAGGGCUGUUGUGAAAUUUUUUAAACCACACGACUAAAUACUUUCAAUAAAACAGCCUAUUCCAUGUAUGGCUUAAAGAGAGGCCUGUUUAGAUAACAAGGCAGACUAAUCCUGCAAGAGGUGAUCAUCUUAAAAAAAAAAAUCACUAGCAGUGCUGCACCGUGCAGUGAGUAGUAAUAAAUGAUACUGCUCCUGCUUCAUCCUUUUGUUAUAAUGUUUUACUGGGUUCUGUGACAAUCCCAAAAAGCUCAGCUUUUGGGUGUUAUGGUGUGGUUUUAUUUAAACAUAACUGCCAUUCUGCAGCAAUAUUUCUAAUGCCACAUCUUGUCCAAAUGCAUUGUUGUCUCUGCUGAGGUUAGCUAUGUGUAGAAGAAUAUAAAUCCAUUUUACAAAUCCAAGUAGGGCUACACCAGUUUUCAUUACAUUUUACAGAUACUAGCACUUUUACGCUAUUUAUGUACUUCAAAUGUUAGAGGGUCAAAAUAAUCUUUUCGCUUAGCAUCUCUCACCUGCAAAUAUAGCAGGGAUGUUAUAUUUACUUCAAUACGUGUAUAAACUAUGCAGAUUUUUUUUUUUUUAAGAAAAUGUAAUAUAUUUUAUAAGCUAAUAAGAUUGAAUGGGUAAUUAAAGGUUUCUAGCGUGCGUUACUAUAACUUGCAAAUAUGGAAACAUUUUGGUAAUCUUUCUUACUAAAGAUGUGAAUGUUUAAUAUACUUUUACUGUUUCUACUUUGGUAGCCAAUGGGAAUUCAGUAAUGACAUUUUGUCAUGUUGAACUGUGAACAGAAAUUUGUACUGUACAGUCCUCAUACUAUAUUUAGUACAAAAUACAUAUCUAUGAUAACUGUUAAUAAAGCCAUCAGAAUAUUA